CAUUGCUGAGGUCUCCUUCGUGGAGCUUGAUUCUCUGCGGACAAGCCGAGCAGGAAGCGUAUAAAUAUAUAGCUCGGUAGGGUGGCCAUGGCGCGCGGAUGAGAGCGAGGAGAGGAUGGGCAGCAUGAAACGAAGCAGGAGCUGCCGGAUCCUAGCUGCGGUGGAGGGGCUGGAGGCCAAGCUUGAGAGGAACAGCACCACCACCUUCGUCAUGUCGCUGGUCAUCCCGGUCCUGUGCUUGCUGUGUGUGCCGUUCUUGGUGUAUAGGAGGCCAACCCUGGAAUGGCUCCAAACCAUUCGUGUGACCGCCGGAAUAGGUUCAGUGGAGUCACCGGAGGACAAGCUCCUCGGCGGCCUGUUGCCUCCUGGGUUCGACGAAAGCUCCUGCCUCAGUCGGUACCAAGCUGCACUAUACCGCAAGGCAUCACCUCACAAGCCUUCCCCCUUUCUCGUGGAGAAGCUGCGAAGGUACGAAACCCUCCACAGAAAGUGCGGCCCCAACACUGAGCUAUACAACAGAUCCAUACAACAGUUGGAGUCCGACCAUAGCACAGGCCCCAUGGAGUGCAACUACGUCGUCUGGAUACCGCACUACGGCCUCGGCAACCGGGUGAUGAGCAUAGUCUCUGGCUUCCUUUAUGCCCUCCUCAACGACAAAGUCCUUCUCAUCCACGUCGACCGAGACAUGGAGGACCUCUUCUGCGAGCCGUUCCCCGACACGUCGUGGGUCUUACCUAAAGAUUUCCCCAUAGAGAACUUGGGGGGGUUCGAGGGCGACGCUACUCUGAGCUAUGGCAAAUUGAUUCGAGAUAAGAUCAUCAACAACGAUAUGCGUUUUGCCACGAAGGUCACGCUGCCAGCUUACGUGUACCUUCAUCUUCCCUGGUACAGCAAGGAAUGGGACAGGUUAUUCUACUGUGAAGAUGCUCAGCAACUGCUCCGGAAGAUCCCUUGGCUGCUGCUGAGGACGGACGAAUACUUCGUCCCCUCGCUGUUUCUCGUCGACGAGUACGAGGAGGAGCUGCAGCAGCUCUUCCCUGAGAGAACCACCGUCUUCCACCACUUGGUACGCUACCUUUUCCAUCCCACCAAUACGGUAUGGGGGUAUGUCAUGAGGUACUACCAAGGUUAUCUGGCCAAGGCUGAUGAGAGAAUAGGCAUUCAGAUCAGGAUCUUUCCUCUCGUGCCGAUUCCCUUCGAGACAAUGCUGAACCAGAUCAUCAACUGCACGCUCAGCCAGCAUAUAUUGCCGGCCAUCAAUCCUCAGGAGCCCGCGGCAGCACCCAGCAACGCAGCAAAAGUGAAGGCGGUGCUCGUCACCAACCUGAACUCCAGCUACCAUGACAGGCUCAGGGACAUGUACUACGAGCACUCGACGACCACCGGCGAGGUGAUCACCGUGCACCAACCAAGCCAUGAGGAGCAGCAGCACACGGACAAACGGAGCCACAACGUCAAGGCAUGGUCGGAGAUCACUCUGUUGAGCUUCAGCGACGUUUUGGUCACCACCGCGUGGUCUACCUUCGGGUACGUGGCGCAGGGGCUUGGUGGUCUGAAGCCAUGGAUUCUUCUGAGGCAUCCGAGGCCGGGCGUUGCAUGCGUCCACGCCAUGUCGACGGAGGCGUGCUUCCACGCGCCCCCAGAUUACGAUUGCAGAGCCCGCAAGGGCGGUGCUGACUUAUCCGCGGUUGUCCCUUACGUGAGGCAGUGUGAAGAUGUUGAAGUGGGCCUCAAGCUCUUUGAUUAGACUGCCCGCUUGAAUGUAUCAUAAAUGAUUUGUCACAACAGAUUCAGCGCUCGAGA